AUGAGGGGUUUGGGGGGCGUUGCCAAGCGCGCGCGCGCAGCUAUUUAUGUUUUUCAUUGCUCACGCAUAGCAACGGGCGGGGUUUUGGUCGCGAAACUGGAUUCGGAGGAUGCUUACUACCAGCAUUUGAAGGGUCAUCGAGUCCGACCGGCGACCGACCCGCUCCAGCCGGAUGAAGAAACGCCCCCGGCCAAGAAGAAACGGUCCUGGGUUCGUUCGGGCGAGCACCACAAGUGUCACCUCUGCCAGAAGGUGUUUACGUUCCGCAGCCAGCUGCAGCAGCACACGGCCCUACAUCAUCAGCCGGGCAAACCGUACGAGUGUGGCAAGUGCCACUACAGUUUCGUGCACAAGCUGAACCUCAAGCGGCACGAGCUGACCCAUCUGGAAGAGGAGCGCGUGUCCGCCGAGGAUGAUCCGUCGAUUCAGCUGCUCGAGGACGAAAGCUUCAACGCGGAGGAACUCGCCAAACCGGACGAGAUGAGUCCGGCCGUAGUCGGGCUGAUGCCGGUGAAUCGUGGCGGCGUCGGCAGCGAAGCCGGUGACAAACAGUCCGGCGAGGGCGUUGGUCCACCAAAGAGAAACAAGUGUGUCGUCUGCGCGGCCACCUUCCAGCGCGAGGACCAGCUGAUCGAGCAUCUCAAGACGCACAUCGAGCGGAUGAAGGUCACCAAGCAGGAGACGCAGUCCGCCAAGAAGAUACUCACGGACGACAGCGACAAAAAGUGCAAACUGUGCGCGAAGGUGUUCAAGUUCUCGUGCCAGCUGAAGCAGCACAUUCAGAUGCAUCACUCCAAGGAUAAGCCGUUUGAGUGUAACAUUUGCAGGUUGGUUUCGGGCGCGGUGCGUUGCGUUUCGGAGUCGCUAAUUUAG